ACGACGACAACUACGACCGGGUUUUUGUUUUUCCCGAUGUACAAACGGAAAACAUUAUUUUGUUGAUCGAAAUCCGGUGCGCAUGCGCCGCGGCAACAACGCGCCGCGGCCGGCAGUUGUUCACUAAACAUUGUUUUAUAACGUGAACUAAACCCAAGGCCGGUGCAGUUUGCCAUCAACCAUCGAAACGCGCGCCUGUUUCCGUCGGUUGUUGUGUUAUUGUGCUCCUCUUGCAUCUUCACUUCUUCACUUCUUCGUUGUCGAUUGAUCGGCACAACGAUACUAUUAUUACAUUUUUGAAAUAAUUAUCGUUAUAAUUAUAUUUAAAAUCUCCCGCCUUUGACGUUAUUAUUAUUAUUUUUGUUAGUUUAACGCCGCCGACUGACCCCGCAUGCGCGUUACCCGCCACUUGUACUGUCCGAAAUUCGAAACGAAAGCCCAACGGUUUUCCACUCACGUCCGUCGCACGUCGACGGAAGUCGUGUGGCGCGGUGUUGGUGCUAGUGGUCCACGAACCCUGUGCCGGGGUGGCCAUGGAGUGGUACCGAGAGCAGACCAUCCAGCUGAUCGACUUGUUCCGGGACCGUCCUGCCCUGUGGGACACCAGUUCGGUGCACUACCGUAACAAACGUAUGAAGAACGAGUCCCUGGAGCAGAUCAGCGCCAAGCUCAAGUGUCCCAAGGAGGAGAUCGCCAAGAAGAUAUGCACGUUGCGCGUGCAGUUCAGCCGGGAAAACGUCAAAGUAAAACGAGCCCGAGAAUCCGGUGGCGCCGUUUACAACCCCAAGUGGUUCGGCUACCAGCUGCUGUGUUUCCUGAACGAUCAGUCCCGGUACUCGUCGCAGUCGAUCAACAACUGUUCGACGGGCGCCACUGCAACCCCGGGGGCGUCCGGAACAAUGCCAGGUGGCGUGAUCGCACAUAACCAAGCAGACGUAGAAAAUCAGCAUUAUAAUUGGAGUCAAACAUCUGAGGACAGUUAUGCAGAAGCAAAUGACACAAAUGCAAGUGGCUAUGAGGCAGACAGUGUGCUUGCUUCAAUGAUGCACGAGUCCAUGGACGACUACCACAACCAAGAACCAAUAGUGGAUGUACAGGAGCCACAAACAUGGUCAUCGUGUAGAAAAUAUCGUGGUAUGCAACCAGUAACAGGUGGAGAUUAUUCAGAAGAUGAUGGUGGAGGCUAUAGUAGCAGAAAGAUUAUGCGAAUGUCUAGACUGGAUGCACCAUCUGAUGAAUUCAAUACAUUCUCAGAUUAUGUGGCUGAACGGAUGCGUAACCUUAAAGCCGACAAAGCUCUACAGCUAAUGGCUCGACGAGACAUUGAACAAGUGUUGUUCAAGUAUGAAAUGAAGUUGUUGGAGCAGAAGAGAGACUCACAACAGCACCAACAACCUGACACUGAGGCGGCAACCACGUCAAAGUCUAUUUCACCAUCACCCAUCAGCGACCUGGAACAACAGUAGACCAAAUAUUUUGCGUUAUAGUGUUAUCCGUGACAAUGUUUAUUAGGUGAUAAUAACUAGUCGUUCAGGACCAGCAUCCAUUUCUGUACAUUGUUUAAAAUAAUAUUAAUAUUGAAUAAUGCUACUGGGGAACUAUUAAUGCUCAUGUUAAGCCUAAAGUUAUAUAUAUAAUAUUUUAGACAUUUGUAUACAGCCAAUACGUUUUGUUUACAAUACUAUGUAAACUAAAAGACAAUUUAUAUACAUAAUUUUUGAUUCCUAUA